UGCUACACCUUAGUGUUGAAUUCACAUUAGCUCAAUUGUCAGAUGGCAUAGAUUUCUAUGUUAUCAGUCUUCGUUGAUGGCUUCAACGCUUACCUGUUUCCAUAACACCAGUUGGUAGAACAGGACAACAAAUGUGUAUCACCUACAUGUGCUUCAGAUAUGAAUUAACAGUUUGUGUGUAACAAGGGUUGAGUAAAGGGAUGAAGACCCUAUAUAUAAUGGGCUUCAAUGGGCUGGGCCAAUUAACCAAUUAACUAGUUGCUACAACCAAAAAGAGUUUAACAAAAACCUAACCUAACAACUUCAGUAGACUCAAGAUUUACAAAGACUCCAGCAGUGUCCAAAUAUCUGAUUUGAGUGUGGAAGGGAGAAAUGAGGAUAUGUUGUUGUGUGCAAGAGUUCAUGUGUUGCAUUUCAACGAGAUGAGAGGAUUGUAUUGUUGUAGACGUGGUUUUGAUAGCCCAAGUGUAUGUAAACCGAGCACCUUAGCUAAGAUAUAUAUUUGAGCAUUAACAAUGUCCCCAGGCUUUCAGCUAUGUACAUGAUGAUGAAAAUAUUCUCUGUUCUAUAAUGUAGGUCACAAUGUAAAAUUGGAUGGGAGGAUAUAAAAUUUUGUAACAAAUGAUGGUAAACAUUACAUAAAGCGUAAAGUAAAGAUUUAAAAAAUUUACCAAAAAGUACUUUUCAUUAAAAGUAAUUAAUAUUGACGAAUUUCCCUCCCCUCUCGAUCCUUUCAAACCAUUGUCUUCUUCUUUCUGCUGCUGAGUUGAAGCCCACCAUUUCAGACCUCUCCACAAAAAACCAAACUUUCCCUUCUCCAAAGUGCAGAUCUAUCACUUUCAAUUCAAACCCAUUUUCCCUUUCUCCUCCAUUAGCCUUCUUCCACCUUCAAACCAUGAGCAGGUUCAGCAGAUUCAGUAGAUUCCAGUCCAUUGACCCCUACUACACCCACUGUCCUCUUCUUCUUACCGAUGCCGAAACCUCCAUUAUCCUCCCCAAACCUCUCUCAUUUCCCUUCCAAUCCUUCGUCGAGGAAGUUGAUGAUUUCGAUUUCGCCUUUGACCUCUUAUCCCAUCGUCCUCUUCCACCUCCCCCCUUCCACGUCUUCGAUUCCUUCACCGAUCUGGUUCGUAUCGACGAAACGCCGUCGUUUUCGUCUUAUAGUCGGAUUCGGAGAGUUGAGCGAUCGAGUGAUGAGGUUUUGUUGCGGAGGCUUAGCGAUCGAGUUAGUGAGCUCGAGGCGCGGUUUGAUCGGCUGAGUAGUGCGAGGGUUAGUGGGUAUGGCGAUCGGAAGUACACUUGGACGAAGGAAAUCAAAGGAGUGGAGAAGAAUGGUGUCGAUCGGAAGUAUAAGUUGGUAGCUGAGAUUAAAGAUGGGAAGAAGAACAAGGAGGGGAAGAAUGGUGGGGUUUUGCAGAACUACAAGUGGAGUGCUGAGAUUAAGGGAAAGGAUGAGAGGGAUCCGAUUAGGAAGUACACUGUGGAGGUUUCGAGUGGAAAUGGAAGUGAGAGUACAGAGAAGAAAGAGGAGAAGAAAAAGAAGGGGAAGAAGGUUGGGAAUGAGACGCGUGUGGUUGAGAUUGAAGACACCAAUGAUCAAGGAGCUGUCGUUUUAAGACAGGCCUUUGCCAAGAGAACUAGAGUUGUGGAAAAUAAGAAGGGUAAGAAGAAGGAGUUGUCUCCUCAAGAUGCAGCUGUUAUCAUUCAAAUAAAUUUCAGAGAAUACCUAGUUCACAGGUCAAAGGUUCUUCGUGCUCUUAGAGAUCUGUCAGUUGCCAAGACAAAGUUGAAGGAGAUCAGGGAAGCUUUCAAUAAUUUUGCUUACACUCAGCGGCUAGCUCGGGAUGCAGAGGAGCGCCAAAGGUUCAGUGAGAAAAUAAUUGUCUUGCUCCUCACUGUCGAUGCAAUUGAGGGAGUUGAUGUGAUGGUGCGAACUGCAAAGAGAUCAAUGAUAAUCGAACUAGAAGCCAUGCUUGAUGUGGUCGAUCCCCAACCGGCUAAAAGAUCGAUUUCCUUUCGUAGAAGGAUGUUCGAUAUGCCCAGUGGAAGCAUCAAUAAGGAAAUUGCAGCUGGUGUAGCUCAGGUAGUCCAGUUGAUUGAUGAAGCAGAGAACAGUGUCAAUGCUUUUGAAGCCUCCGAAUAAAGAGAGAUGAUUUCUCAACUUUCAAAUAAGGUUGCUGUAGAAGAUGAAGCGGCUUAGUUGACGAGAUGUCUUAUGCCUUUUGUACGUUUGGGUCUAGGACAGAGCUUUUGAUUAUGUUGUACCAACGUUGGUUGAGUUUAUUAGUUCGCCUUUCAGGUAUCUGUCUAUGCUUAUGCUUCUGCCAUCUGCUUGUAUUGUGGCUUUUGCUUGUAAUGUGUCGAAACUAAAUAUUAUCUAAAUAUGCCUCUCGUGGAUUGAUAUCUAUCUAUGUCAUUUGAAACAUUUGGGAA